AUGACCGACGAAUGGGUGAACGCAAUCAGAGCAACACACCCCGAAACAUUUUACGUACACCGAUGGGCAGAAAAGUUGUCGAAAUUAUCCCAAUUGUUUUGGGCAAGCAUAGGAGCCGGAACAGAACCAAUGGAGGUCCUAGCACUCGGUGUAUACCUAAUCGAACAUUACGACUACAUCAAAACUGUAUCACCUAGAGUCUUAGGGUUGGUCGCGGGGUUUUCACUACAGGCUAUCCUGGCAGCAUGGGAUAGAUACAAAACCGACCCUCUUUACCGAGUGGAAUUAGUCAACCGACUGAAAAAUCCAGACCCAAGUAUACCAGACAAUGAAGCUAGACGCAUGUCUGUUAUUGGUAGCCUGAUAGAACACACCCGAGAAAUCGACUACGUCAGGUACACAGGUCAUAAAGCAGACUACCUAGAAACCCGAGCAAAGAACUAUCCGAAAACAACACCUAUACCACCUACCCAGAUUGAAGCUCCACCAAUUAAACUACAACCUCCCUCCGAACCUCCGACCAGACCACCAACCACAACUAUAAAACCAGAUGAAUCAGAAACCAAACCCACAACUACAACCACUACC